UUAAGUUACUUUAGAUUGUGCACAUUGCCAUAUAUUAUUCUUUGCUAGCAAAUCAAAGAAACAUGAGCAGAGUUUUACUCCUUACCUUUGUUUGUUGCGUUGGAGCACAAAGCAUUGAGCAGCCAAAACGUUUGCAAGCCUCUAAACUGGGUGAUAAUGUCACUAUUGAGUGCUACUUACCCAAUCAAGAUUUUAACAAUAUGGUGUGGUACAAGCAGGAGAUGGGAAUGAAGCUUCAAAUCAUUUCAAAAAGUUAUAUUUACCUGCCAAAGGCUGAUUUUACUGAUGGAUAUAAUGAUGGUCGUUUUAAUGUAACUAUAGGCAAAGGCAUUUAUCAUUUACAUAUUUCCUUGGCAAGAAAGGAAGAUAUAGCAACAUACUUUUGUGGAGUGAUAACUUUAGGAGAACUGUAUUUUGGACCUGGAACAUUCUUGAUGCUAAAUGAAGAGCACUCCUCAACAAUGGUUCUUCAGGAGCCUGUUUCAGGUAAAGUUCACAUUGGAGACAACAUUACCCUCACAUGUAGAGUCCAAACGGUAGAUGAGAAAUGUGAAAGAGGACACCACGCUUACUGGUUCAGAGACGCUGCAGAAGAAUCCAGUCCUGGCAUCAUUUACACUGAUGGAGAUAUGAGGAAACAUGGAGAGAUCUGUAAAGAUGAUUCUACUAAAUCCUGCGUUCACACCCUUGCAAAGAGGAACCUAAGCCUUUCUGAUGCUGGUACUUACUACUGUGCUGUACUCGUGUGCGGCAAGAUCAUGUUUGGAAAUGGAACUUAUCUGGAAUUCAGCUCAACACCUGAUAGCGAGUUGACAACAAGUCCUUUUUUUCUCAUAUUGGUGUCAUCAAACAUAAUUUCUAUGAUAAUAAUGAUUUUACUCGUGGCUGUGCAAUGGAAAGACCAAGGCAGAUCAUCAGUCAACAGAUCUUGUAAUCAAGAGACAUCUGAAGGUACUCAGGUUGGAGGUACAGAUGUAUUGACUUACACAUCUGUGAGUUUCAGCAGUAAAUCACAGCCCUCUAGAGGUGCUAAACAACACAACAUUUCCCAGCAUACCGAUGUCUAUUCACAGAUCAGGUCCUAACAAAGGAAACACUGAAAAACCUUAACAUGUUUUCUGUACUUUAGUGAUCCAAAUGUGCCAAUGCAUAAAGCAUGGUGAACUAAACAGUACAAAAUACAAUCAAAUCUAUUAUAAAAUAUUAUACAAUAAAAUAUCUAUUAUAUAGCUGUUAUCAUCGAGUCUGCAUUCACAUUGGAACAAAUGCAUUUAAAAAAAAUCUUGCUAUUAAAAUAUUUUGCCUUUUACAUUUUUUGCAUUUUAGAUUUUUGUUUUGUUAUUGCAUUUUAUUAUUUAUAUAAUAUUCUUUUAUUUUAUAUGAAGUUGUUACAGAAUACUGCUUAGCCUGGACAGUCAAAGCUAACACAUUGCUAUCAGGCCAGUUAUUCUUAGAGGUAUAUUUUAAAUACUUUCCCUUAUCCUAGUUUAUGUGAAAAGACAACUGAAAACAACUGAGACAGCUGGGGUUUUGUGAAUAUUGCUCUAUUUGACAAGCUGUCCUGCUAUUUUUUUAUUUAUUUUUUAUUAUUGAUGAUGAUACAUAAAUGCUGACUGGCUGAUGGCACAGUACCAAACCCUUCACCUACUAGUGACUGUCCAGACCACACAGUGAAAAUUUAAGUCCAUCUCAUGGUUUAAAGAGCCCUCCAAAAUGGAAAUGAAAACAAUUAUUUUCUAUACUGGAAAAUGAAAUAUUAGCAUUUAAUGUUGAUUGCAAAAUUACUGCAUGAUACUGGUGAAAUCUGACCUGUGAUUUAUCAUAGUGCAAAACAUUCCACCAACUGAGGAUUUACAUUUGAAUUUGUAUUUUAAUUGAAAUACUGACCUCAAAAGAACAAACUUCAAAGCAACAUGUAUUUCCUUUAAAUACAUAUUACUGACUUAUAAAUUAGGACAUUUUUGAAGGUAUUUUACUCUGAUAUUGGAUGACUGCACCAGGAACUUUCUAGGCCAUAGACUUUAUAAUUUAUCAGGUGUGGGUGUUUGUAGCCUCACCACCAAUGCUAAAGCCAAACAAGCUCCUCUUGAGGUAAAAGGUGAUUCUGUCUAUAUGGUGGUCUAUAUAAGGCACUGUUCAAAGCUUGUCCCCCCUUAGAUCUCUGAGAACUCUGAUCAUGUGAGAAGUGGUUUUGUUGAAGGUGCCUAGGAAAUCACAGCCCUCUAGAGGUGCUAAGCAAUACAACAUUUCCCAGCACACCGAUGUCUAUUCACAGAUCAAGUCCUAACAGAUGAACUACUGGAAAACCCAAACAUGUUUUCUGUACUUUCUGUGAGUGAUCCAAAUGUGCAAAUGCAUAAAGCAUGAUAAACUAAUAAAACAAGAUAUAAUCAAAGCCAGCACUGCAGUUAUAAUGGCUGCUGAUUGAAGAUUGAGUCUGCAUUCAUGUUGGAACAAAAAAAAAAAAAAAUCCUUGCCAUUAAAACAUGUUGCCUUUGACAUUUCCUUCCUUGCUUGACUCCUAUUUUGAAAAAAAAAAAUUUAUUAUAUCAUUAUAUAUAGCUUAAUAUUUUCUGUUUCCUUAGAUUUUUGAUAUUAAAUUCACUUUUGCUUUAUAGAUAUUUGUUUGCUAUGGCAUUUUAUUAUGUAUAUCGUAUUAAUUUCUUUGAUAUGAGCGGUCACAGAAAUACUGCUUAGCCUUAGAUACCAAACCUGAAGAAAAUAAUCCCAAAAUCCUAUAACUAGUCAACUUAAAAUAUACCACUACUACUAAUAACAUCAUAGCAUGCAUAAUGUAUCAUUGUCUUUGUUUCUUGAGCACCACAAAAAUUGACAUCUUAAAAAUAAAUACCUCACCACCAAUGCUAAAACCCAACAGACUUUCACACACUAAUGACAGCACCUCUUGAGGGGAAAGGUGAUUUUAUCUAUUUGUAUGUGGUGGUCUAUAUAAGGCACUGUUCGAAGCCUGGCCCCCUUAGAUCUCUGAGAACUCUGAUCAUGUGAGAAGUGGUCUUGUUGGCACUCUUCCUACUCAACAUAUGUGAAAAAUGAAUGCGAAUGUUUCUGAAACAUGUAAAGUUGUAAAAUGUGAUGCAAGCUUAUAUAAUAUACAAGAACAUGAUGGCUUCAUUUUUAGUACUGAAAGUUCAGCAGGAUCCUUACAUUAUCAAUGCAUGCGGAGUAACCAAACCAUUUGUGGAAAUUUAAGUCUCCCUUGUAAAGGAUAUCAGAACUGGCCUUACCAUGUGGUGUUUGUCUUCAAUACUCUCGUUUUGCUCUUGAGUGGAAUAAUCAACAUACUGCUAUGUAAAAGACUGAGAAGACAGAGUGAAUUGCAUGCAGACACAGCAGAGCCUGAUGUCAGUUCUUCUCAUAAUCAAGAUAGUCUGAACCUAAACUACACAACCCUACAAUUCCCUGAAAACAAUGCCAGUGGAGAAAGUUCGUUGAUUGAGCGAAGAAUGACGAGAAAGGAUACUAUUUACUCCAGCCUUAAAUGUCAAAUGUCAGACAUCACUGAAGAAAGCUAAGCUAUUUCUUGUCAUUCACAUAUUGUUUCGAACUGCAGCACAGUUGUUGAAGACUUUUUUUUUAUAAUAAUGACAAAACCUAAUGUUUUACUAUGUAGGUUGUUAAGCUCCUUAAUAGGGGUGAAGGCAAUUUGUAGUUGGAGCUGCUUAACCUGGACAGAUACUUCACUCCUGCAAAAUAUACUUUCCUGCUUUCAGUCUAUUUUGCAACAUUAUUAUAAAAAUUGCACUUCUACUUUACAGUUCCUGUUUUAGUAGCUGUUUAGUUUAUAGUCCCUGAUCAAUAUUCAACUGAUAUUAUUAAAACUGGCCCUGAUCAAUAUUAAAACUUAUAUGCACUCAAACUAAAGCACAACUUGGAAUCAUUUAAAGGUUUUAAGUGCUAUAAUCGGGGUCCAUCUACCAAACCAGGAGAUGUGAAAAAGAUUAUCCCAGUAACUUUGUUUCGGUAAGCUUUUUCCUGCAAGCGUCUGAAAAAAUGAGGGCGUCAGAUUUCGCUCCCUCUGUGGCUAAGGAAUCUUGUUAUAAUAUCACUGCCCCUUAAUCUGCACAUUUCCACCCAUGGCGCCAUCAUUCUGUCUUCGCAAGCAACAACGGUGUACCAGUUCUAGGGCCAUGGGAAAAGUUUGAGCAAAGCAUGCUAACCUUUCUUAGUUUAGUGCUCACAUGCCGUGUGGCAGCACUUUCUGUGCACAUGCUUCAGAUGUGUGCGCUCAGAAAACCCUAUAUCAGAAUUUUAAACUUAUAUAAACUUAAAUUCACAGAAUUCAGGAAGCAGACAUUGUAUUUAGAACUUAUAUAGGAAGUAUGGCAAUAUUUUAUUUGAUUUCAACCUCCAACAUGCACAACAUGGACACAUAAAGGACAUGCGGACGAAAUAGUUAACUCAGAUGUAAAUAGAGAAUCUACUGAUAUUUCUUUAUAUCCUAAAUAUUUUUAGAGCUUUUUUUUUUUACCUCAAAACUCUUGGCAAAACUAACAGAGGUUUCUACCAAACUUUUAGGAUUGUACAUUAGCAUUGCUAUUUUCAAAAUAAAAGUCUGUAGUCACCACUCAUUAGUACUUUGUCACAAAUUCAUAAACUACUUUUGCUAUCUCAUGUCAAUCAAAAUAUAUAAAAAAUAGAUUAUCAGUGUGUUUUGAAAUGAUACAUACUGUACAGUAGUUUGUUAAGAUUAGUUUAGGUUUAGAAUAAAAUUUUAUUGUUAUAAAUAUAUAAUAACACACCUUUCACCAGUGGGUUUAAAGUAUGGUUUCAAAAUGUGUCCUAAAUAAAGGGGGCUGCUAUGUUAACCAAUGAAAGGUUAAAACACAUGAUUUCAGUGCGAUAGACAUGAUAAUCAACACCAAACAAAUGGUUUUUAUCAGAGUAUCUGACGUACGAGCUGUAAAGGCACAGCCCUGGUCUGGAAAAGGGGGAGGGAACCAGCAGCUCAAUUGCAGGCAAGAAAAAAAGCGUGCUUCUGCUUCCU